AUGGGUGUCUUCAAAGUGUGGCUCGGGGUGGCCCUAGCUUUGGCGGAAUUUGCAGUAUUGCCUCAUCCUUCUGAAGGUGCUUGUGUCUAUCAGGGCUCCGUGUUGGCGGAUGCCACAGUUUGGAAGCCCGAUUCAUGCCAGAACUGUCGUUGCCAUGGUGAUAUUGUUAUCUGCAAACCUGCUGUUUGCAGAAACCCUCAGUGUGCCUUUGAGAAGGGAGAAGUGCUUCAAAUACCCGCCAACGAAUGCUGUCCUGAGUGUGUGGUGAGGACGCCUGGAUCGUGCCAUCAUGAGAAGGAAAUCCAUGCGCAUGGGACAGAGUGGGUCUCCUCCCCAUGCAGUGUGUGCUCGUGCACUCAUGGGGAAGUCCGAUGCACCCCCCGGCCCUGCCCACCACUGUCCUGUGGACUCCUCGAACUGGAAUUCAUCCCUGAAGGAAACUGCUGCCCAGUCUGUGUGGGCCCCGGGAAACCCUGUACCUACGAAGGCCGUGUGUUUCAGGAUGGGGCAGACUGGCCACUGAGUCGAUGUGCCAGAUGUGUGUGUAGAAAUGGGGUCACCCAGUGCUUCACGGCUCAGUGUCAGCCUCUGUUUUGCAACCAGGAUGAAGCUGUUGUCCGAGUCCCUGGAAAAUGCUGCCCACAGUGCUCUUCACGAUCCUGCUCUGCCGCUGGCCAAGUGUACGAGCAUGGUGAGCAGUGGAGUGAAAAUGCCUGCACCACUUGUUUAUGUGACCGAGGGGAGGUCAGGUGCCACCAGCAGUCCUGCCCGCCACUAAGAUGUGGAAAGGGUCAAAGGCCGGCUAAGCGUCACGGGGAAUGCUGUGAGGAAUGCGUGUCUCCUGCUGGAAGCUGCUCAUACCAUGGGAUUGUGCGGUAUCAGGACGAAAUGUGGAAGAGCUCGGCCUGUGAAUUCUGCAUGUGUAACCUUGGCCAAGUGACCUGCUGGCCUGGAGAGUGUGCCAAAGUGGAGUGUGCCAGGGAUGAAGAAUUAAUUCACGUAGAUGGAAAAUGCUGUCCUGAAUGCAUUUCAAGGAAGGGGUAUUGUGUUUAUGAAGAAAAUGAAAAAUUUAUUUCCUCAAAUGUGAGUGAAGUUAAACGUAUCCCAGAGGGAGACACAUGGGAAGAUGGCCCUUGCAAGAUGUGUGAGUGCCAAGGGGCUCAGGUGACUUGCUAUGAGCCCUCUUGUCCACUGUGCCCAAUGGCCACUCUGGCUCAGGUGGUGAAAGGACUGUGCUGCCCGGAUUGUACAUCAGUUCAUUGCCACCCAGACUGCUUGACCUGCUCUCAGUCUCCAAACCACUGUGACCUUUGCCAGGACCCCACAAAGUUGCUGUGGAAUGGACGGUGUGUGCACAGCUGUGGUCUGGGAUCUUACCAAGCUGGAACUGUCUGCUUAGCCUGUCAGCCUCAGUGUUCCAUGUGCACCAACAGACACGAGUGCUCAUCCUGCCACCCACCUCUGCUGCUGCGGCAUGGGCAGUGUGUGCCCACCUGUGGGGAUGGCUUCUACCAAGAUCACCACUCCUGUGCAGUCUGCCACGAGUCAUGUGCAGCCUGUUGGGGUCCCACGGAGAAUCACUGUCUGGCCUGCAGAGACCCCCUCCAGGUGCUGAGAGAGGGCAGGUGUGUGGGCAGCUGUGGCGAUGGGUUUUACAACGAGCAAGGGACCUGUAGAGCUUGUGACCAAUCAUGUAAAAAUUGUGGUCCCAAGAGUGCCAGGUGUCUUACCUGUGUUGAGAAGAUGGUGUUGCAUGAUGGGGAAUGUAUUGCUGAAUGCCCUGGUGGGUACUAUGCUGAUGCCACUGGCAGAUGCAAAGUUUGUCAUAACUCAUGUGCCAGCUGCUCUGGACCCACGGCCUCUCACUGUACAGCCUGCCUCCAUCCCCAGGCUCUGCACCAAGGCCACUGUCUGUCCAGCUGUGGAGAGAACUUCUACCCUGACCAGGGUGUCUGCAGAGCUUGUCAUCCCUCUUGCCUGACCUGUGUGGGUGAAGCACCUUCUCACUGCACCCAGUGUAAGAAACCAGAGGAAGGACUACAAGUUAAGACACCUCCCUCUGGCGAGUGUCUAUCCCAGUGUAGAGCCCAAUUUUACUUGGAGAAUACUGGACGGUGUGAAGCUUGCCACCGAUCCUGCUUUGGGUGUGUGGGGAAGAGCGAACACAACUGCACAGCCUGCUGGCCUGCCCACGUGCUGUUGGGUGGGGCGUGCAUCUCUCACUGCCCAGAUGGCCACUUUGCCCAAGAAGGCAGGUGUACAGAAUGCCACCCCAUCUGUAGGCAGUGCCAUGGCCCUUUGGAAUCUGACUGCAUCUCCUGUCACCCCCAUGUCACCCUUAAUGGGGGGAGCUGCAGGACCAGCUGUAAGGAACAGCAGUUCCUCAACCUUGCGGGCUACUGUGCAGACUGCCAUCCUCUGUGCCAGCACUGUGUGGCUGAUCUCCACCACACCGGGAGCAUCUGCCUGAGGUGCCAGAAUGCCCGCUACCUGCUGCUGGGAGACCACUGUGUUUCCACUUGCCCUUCUGGGUACUAUGUAGAGAAAGGAGCGUGUAAAAAAUGUCAUGCUUCCUGCAGAACCUGCCAAGGCAGAGGACCCUUCUCCUGCUCUUCAUGUGACUCGGACCUUGUUCUGUCCCACCUUGGCACCUGCAGUACCAGCUGCUUCCCAGGGCACUAUCUUGAUGACAACCGUACUUGUCAGCCAUGCAAGGCACAGUGCAGAAGCUGUGAUUCACAGGCGAGCUGUACCUCCUGCCGAGAUCCAAACAAGGUCCUGCUCUUUGGAGAAUGUCAGUAUGAGAGCUGUGCCCCCCAAUACUAUCUUGACUUCUCCACUAACACCUGCAAAGAGUGCGACUGGAGCUGCAGUAUAUGCAGUGGGCCCCUGAGGACAGACUGCCUGCAGUGCAUGGGUGGCUAUGUCCUCCAGGACGGGGCCUGCGUGGAGCAGUGCGCAUCAGCGUUUUAUCGGGACUCGGGUGUCUGUAAGAGUUGUGGCAACCACUGUCUUCAGUGCCAAGGUCCUCAUGAGUGUACCCGCUGUGAUGGGCCAUUUCUUCUUUUGGAAGCCAAGUGUGUCCAGGAAUGUGGGAAGGGGUACUUUGCCGAUUAUACAAAUCACAAAUGCACAGCCUGCCCUCAGGGUUGCUUGCAGUGCAGCCAUGGGGAACGGUGUCACCUCUGUGCCCAGGGGUUCUCUCUGAAAAGUGGCCUCUGUGUUUCCAACUGCGUCCCCGGCUUCUCUGUCCAUUCCUCCAACGAAACAUGUGCUGACAAAGUACAUACUCCUAGUCUUCACGUGAAUGGUUCUCUCACCCUUGCAAUUGGUUCAAUGAAGCUCCUGGAUUUUGCCCUCCUGAAUGUCCAAGACCAGGGGGGCAGGGUGGAAGACCUUCUGUUUCAUGUCGUGAACACUCCCACCAACGGUCAGUUAGUCCUCUCGAGGAAUGGAAAAGAGACUCUAGUCGACAAAGCUGGACAUUUUAGCUGGAAAGACGUGAAGGAGAAAAAAGUCCGUUUUGUGCACAGCAAAGAAAAACCCAGGAAAGGUUAUUUUUCCCUGAAAAUCAGUGACCAGCAGUUCUUCUCUGAACCACAGUUGAUCAACAUACAAGCAUUUUCAACACAGGCCCCCUAUGUGCUGAGAAAUGAGGUCCUCCACAUUAGCAGAGGAGAGAGGGGAACCAUCACCAAACAGCUAUUGGAUAUCCGAGAUGACGACAACCCACAGGAUGUGGUUGUCGAAGUGCUGGAUCCUCCACUUCAUGGCCAGUUGCUCCAAACACGUCAGUCCCCUGCAGCCCCUCUCUAUCAAUUCCGACUAGAUGAGCUCUCCAGGGGUCUUCUCCAAUAUGCCCAUGAUGGCUCUGACAGCAUGUCUGACAUUGCAGUCUUGCAGGUCAAUGAUGGACACUCUUUCCAAAAUAUACUGUUCCGUGUGAAGACUGUGUCCAAGAAUGAUGGUAGUCUUCGAAUUGUGGCUAAUUCAAUGGUGUGGGUUCCAGAAGGGGGGAUGCUACAGAUUACCAAUAGAAUCUUGCAAGCUGAAGCUUCAGGUGCCAGAGCCUCAGAAAUCAUCUACAAAAUUACAGAGGACUCCCCUCGAUUUGGGGAGCUGGUCCUUCUGGUUAAUAUGCCCGCGGACAGCCCUGCAGACGAAAGGCAGCACCUACCUGAUGGGAGGACAGCAACCCCCACCAGCACCUUCACCCAGCAAGACAUCGACGAAGGCAUCUUGUGGUACAGGCAUUCAGGAGUCCCAGCCCAGAGUGACUCCUUCCGCUUUCAGGUGUCCAGUGCCACAGAUGCCCACACCCAUCUGGAGAGCCGCAUGUUCAACAUUGCCAUCUUGCCACAGACGCCUGAUGCUCCAAAGCUCUCCCUGGGAGCAUCUCUCCAUAUGACAGCUCGGGAAGAUAGCCUAACUGUGAUUCAGCCACAUUCCCUCUCUUUUGCAAACUCUGAAAGAUCAGGUGGAAACAUUAUAUAUAAUAUCACUUCACCUCUGCAUCCAAGUCAAGGUACCAUUGAACACAAGGACCAGCCUCACUCUGCCAUCCGGUAUUUCUCACAGGACGACAUCAACCGGGGCAAAAUCAUGUACCGUCCUCCAUCCGCAGCUCCCCACCUUCAGGAGCUCAUGCCCUUCUCCUUCGCUGGUCUCCCUGAAUCGGUGAAAUUCCACUUCACAGUUUCGGAUGGGGAACACACAAGUCCAGAAAUGGCCCUCACCAUUCACUUACUUCCCAUCGAACAGCACCUGCCAGUGUUCCAGGUCACAGCUCCAAUGCUUGAGGUCAGCCCAGGAGGCAGCACUUCCGUAGGACUUCAGUUGAUAGUAAGAGAUACGGACACAGCCUCUGAAGAACUCUUCUUUGAGCUUCGCAAACCUCCGCAGCAUGGUAUGCUGCUGAAGUCCUCAGCUGACUUUCAAGGGUCCCUGGCUGCAGGUGACACUUUCACAUAUGCAGAUAUUGAGAAAAAUGCCCUUCAGUAUCUACAUGAUGGCUCUGCUACCCAGGAAGACAGCAUGGAGAUCUCGGUUACAGAUGGCUUCUCAGUGACAACGGUGGAAGUGGGAGUGACGGUGUUGCUGUCAGAGAAUCCAGGGCCUCAGCUGGCCAGAGGCGCCUCUCUGAGCAUUUCUGUCCCCAGUAAAAGUACUGCUGUAAUCACAAGGUCACACCUGGCUUACGUUGAUGAUUCUUCCCCUGACCCAGAGAUAUGGAUUCGGUUAAGUUCUCUGCCCAUGUAUGGUACUCUCUUGAGAGCUACAGGAUCCGAGGUGGAAGAACUCUCAGACGUUUCCAAUUUUACAAUGGAAGAUAUCAACAAGAAGAAAAUUCAGUACUCAGCCGUGUUUGAGACUGAUGGCCACCUAGUCACUGAUAACUUCCAGUUCUCUGUCUCUGAUAUGGACCAUAACCAUCUGGACAAUCAGAUGUUCACCAUCAUGAUCACCCCGGCUAAGAAUCCACCUCCAGUCAUUGGUUUUGCUGAUCUUAUCACGGUUGAUGAGGGAGGGAGAGCCCCCCUCUCAUUUCACCACUUCUUUGCUGCUGAGGAUCAUGACAACCUUCGGGAAGAUGCUGUCAUUAAACUCAGUGCUCUGCCCAGAUACGGCUGCAUCGAGAACACGGGCACAGGUGAUCGUUUUGGGCCUGGAAUUCUCAGUGACCGAGAAGCAUCCUUCCCUAUUCAAGAUGUUCUGGAAAACUACAUUUACUACUUUCAGAGUGUUCAUGAAAGCAUUGAGCCAACCCAUGAUAUUUUCAGUUUUUAUGUAAGUGAUGGAAACAGUCGUUCCGAAAUCCACAGCAUCAAUAUCACCAUUGAGAGGCAGAACGAUGAGGCUCCCAGCAUGACCUUGAAGCCCCUCAGAGUGCAGCUAAGCUCAGGAGUAAUACUAAGCAAUUCUUCUUUGAGCCUGCAGGACCUGGACACACCAGAUAAUGAGCUGAUUUUUGUAUUGACCAAAAAGCCUUCCCACGGUCAUCUGCUCUUGAGGCAAACUGCUUCUGAGCCUCUGGAAAAUGGGAGGAUUUUGGCCCAGGGCUCCUCCUUCACCUACCAAGAUGUGUUGGCUGGGCUGGUAGGGUAUGUACCUGGCAGUCCUGGUUUGGCAGUGGAUGAGUUCUGGUUCUCCCUCACCGACGGCCUCCACACAGACACAGCGAGGAUGGAGGUGUUCAUAGAGCUGCCUCCAGGUGACACUCCCCACUUGACUGUAAACCGAGGCCUACAGAUCUCUGCAGGGUCUGUCGCACGAAUCACAGAACAGCACUUGAAAGUGACAGAUACAGACUCGGAUGACCGUCAGGUGAUAUACGUUGUGAAGGAAGAUCCGGGCGCAGGGCGCCUGCAGUUGGUGAAGCAAAACUCCCUGGAGCCAAUAUCUGUUAAAGGGCCCAUCCGAAGUUUCACCCAGGCUGACAUUAGCCAAGGCCACGUAGAAUACAGUCACAGAAGAGGAGAAUCUGGGGGGAGCUUUGCUCUUAGAUUUGAUGUGGUAGAUGGAGAAGGCAACAAAUUGAUUGACCAGUCAUUUUCCAUCAAUGUCUUGGAAGACAAAUCCCCACCUGUCAUCAUCACCAAUAAAGGACUGUUUGUAGAUGAAGACUCAGUGAAGAAAAUCACUACUCUGCAGCUCUCUGCCAUGGACCAAGAGAGGGAACCUGAAGAAUUGACCUUCAGGAUCACCAGACAGCCCGAGCUGGGCCACCUGGAGCAUGCAGCAUCUCCAGGUAUCCAUAUUAGUUCCUUUACUCAAGCUGACCUGAUUUCACGAAACAUCCAGUAUAUCCAUUCCAGUGAGAAGGAGAAAUAUUCAGAUGCCUUCAGCUUUACACUUUCUGAUGGAGUCCACGAGGUGGCCCAGACUUUCCACAUCACUAUUCGCCCUGUAGAUGAUUCAUUGCCUGUUGUACAGAACUUGGGAUUGCGGGUGCAGGAAGGGGUACGGAAAACCAUCACAGAGUUCGAGCUCAAGGCUGUGGAUGCAGACACUGAAGCCGAGUCUGUCACAUUCACCAUCGUGCAGCCUCCACGCCAUGGGACCAUCGAGAAAACCACCGGAGGGCAGCGCAUCCAGCAUACCUCCACCUUCACCAUGGAAGAUAUCUACCAGAACCGGGUCAGCUACAGCCAUGAUGGCAGCAACUCCCUCAAAGACCGCUUUACCUUCACCGUUGCUGAUGGGACAAAUCCCUUCUUUAUAAUUGAAGAAAGCGGAAAAGAGGUUAGGACAGCAGCACCUCAGCAGUUCCAAGUAGACAUCCUCCCAGUAGAUGAUGGCACCCCUAGAAUUGUUUCCAACCUGGGGCUCCAGUGGCUGGAGUAUAUGGAUGGCAAGGCAACCAACCUGAUCACCAAGAAGGAACUGCUGACCAUGGACCCAGACACGGAGGACCUGCAGCUUGUCUAUGAGAUAACAACAGGCCCCCGGCACGGCUACUUGGAGAACAAGCUGCAGCCUGGCAGAGCCGCUGUUACUUUUACACAGGAGGAUGUGAACUUGGGGUUGAUCCGUUAUGUAUUACAUGAAAAGAAGACCCAUGAGAUGAUGGAUAGUUUUCAGUUUCUGGUGAAAGACAGUAAGCCCAAUGUGGUCAGUGACAACGUCUUCCAUAUCCAGUGGUCCCUUAUCAGCUUUAAAUAUACCAGCUACAAUGUCAGUGAGAAAGCAGGGUCCGUCAGUGUCACAGUGCAGAGGACUGGGAACCUAAACCAGUAUGCCAUCGUCCUAUGCCGCACGGAGCAAGGCACCGCCAGCUCCAACUCCAGAGUCAACUCCAACCCUGGGCAGCAGGACUACGUGGAGUAUGCUGGUCAGGUGCAAUUUGAUGAGCGAGAGGACACUAAGUCCUGCACCAUUGUCAUCAACGAUGAUGAUGUGUUUGAGAAUAUUGAGAGCUUCACUGUGGAGCUCAGCAUGCCAGCAUAUGCACUAUUAGGGGAAUUCAUCCAGGCGAAGGUCAUUAUCAAUGACACUGAGGACGAACCCACGUUAGAGUUUGAUAAGAAGACCUACCGGGUCAACGAGAGCGCUGGUUUUCUAUUUGCACCUAUUGAAAGAAAAGGGGAUUCAAGCAGCAUUGUAUCUGCAAUUUGCUACACGGUCCCUAAGUCAGCUAUGGGAAGUAGCCUGUAUGCUCUCGAAUCAGGCUCUGAUUUUAAAUCUAGAGGAAUGUCUGCGGAAAGUCGCGUGAUAUUUGGGCCUGGUGUCACCAUGUCCACCUGUGAUGUCAUGCUCAUUGAUGACAGCGAGUAUGAAGAAGAAGAAGAGUUUGAGAUUAUCCUGGCCGAUGCUUCUGACAAUGCUCGCCUUGGGAGGGUGACAUCGGCCAAGGUGCUCAUUAGUGGCCCCAAUGACGCCUCCACUGUGUCCCUGGGCAACACGGCAUUCACUGUCAGCGAGGAUGCAGGCACAGUAAAGAUCCCUGUUAUCCGCCAAGGCACUGACCUCUCUACCUUCACAUCUGUGUGGUGUGCCUCUCGGCCCUCAGACCCGGCUUCUGCCACUCCAGGCGUGGACUAUGUCCCCAGCUCUCGGAGGGUGGAGUUCGGGCCAGGUAUCACUGAGCAGUACUGCACCUUAACUAUCUUAGAUGACACUCAGUACCCCGUCAUCGAAGGACUGGAGACAUUUGUGGUUUUCCUCAGCUCAGCACAAGGUGCUGAAUUGACCAAACCCUUCCAAGCUGUCAUUGCAAUUAAUGACACAUUCCAGGAUGUGCCCAGCAUGCAGUUUGCCAAGGAUUUGCUCCUAGUAAAGGAGAAAGAGGGGGUCCUGCAGGUACCUGUCAUUCGCAGUGGAGACCUGAGCUACGAGUCAUCGGUGAGGUGCUAUACUCAGAGUCAUACAGCACAGGUCAUGGAGGACUUUGAGGAGAGAAGAAAUGCAGACUCUUCACGGAUUACAUUUCUGAAAGGGGAAAAAAUGAAAAACUGUACUGUCUCUAUCCAUGAUGACUCCAUCUUUGAGCCUGAGGAACAAUUCAAGGUUUACCUUGGCCAUCCUCUUGGAAACCACUGGAGUGGGGCCAGAGUUGGAAAGAACAAUAUGGCUACCGUCACAAUAUCCAAUGAUGAAGAUGCACCAACCAUUGAAUUUGAAGAAUCUGCAUACCAAGUUCGAGAACCCUCGGGGCCAGAUGCCAUGGCUAUUCUGAACAUCAAGGUCAUCCGCAGAGGGGAUCAGAACAGGACAUCCAAGAUACGCUGUAGCACAAGGGAUGGGUCUGCCCAGUCUGGUGUGGAUUAUUACCCAAAGAGCCGAGUCUUAAAGUUCAGUCCUGGUGUGGAUCAUAUCUUUUUUAAAGUUGAGAUCUUGUCUAAUGAAGACCGGGAAUGGCAUGAAUCUUUCUCCAUAGUCCUUGGCCCAGAUGACCCAGUAGAAGCAAUUCUUGGCGAUGUGACCACAGCCACAGUGACAAUUCUAGACCAGGAGGCAGCUGGGAGUCUCAUCCUGCCAGCACCACCCAUUGUUGUUACCCUUGCUGACUAUGACCAUGUAGAAGAGGUUACCAAGGAAGGAGUCAAGAAAUCCCCCUCCCCAGGCUACCCGCUGGUCUGUGUCACCCCCUGUGACCCUCAUUUCCCCAAGUAUGCCAUCAUGAAAGAGCGCUGCAAUGAGGCUGGCAUCAACCAGACAUCUGUGCAGUUCAGCUGGGAAGUGGCUGCCCCCACGGAUGGCAGUGGGGCCCGGUCUCCCUUUGAGACCAUCACUGACAACACACCAUUCACCAGUGUCACCCACAUGGUCCUAGACAGCAUUUACUUCAGCCGGAGGUUCCAUGUGCGUUGUGUGGCAAAAGCUGUGGACAAAGUGGGCCAUGUGGGGACUCCUUUAAGGAGCAACAUAGUUACCAUUGGUACAGACAGUGCUAUCUGUCACACCCCAGUGGUGGCUGGGACAGCAAGAGGCUUCCAGGCACAGUCCUUCAUCGCAACCUUGAAGUACCUGGAUGUCAAACACAAGGAGCAUCCAAACAGAAUCCAUAUUUCAGUGCAGAUCCCACACCAGGAUGGAAUGCUGCCCCUUAUCUCCACCAUGCCCCUGCACAACUUGCAUUUUCUACUAUCUGAGUCCAUCUACAGACACCAGCACGUCUGCUCCAAUCUCGUCACCACCCACGACCUGAGGGGCAUCUCAGAGGCAGGGUUCCUGGACGACAAGCUCUAUGACAGCACCGCCCUGGGGCCUGGCUACGACCGCCCCUUCCAGUUUGACUCCAGCGUGCGAGAGUCAAAGACCAUCCAGUUGUACAAACACCUGAACCUGAAGAGCUGCGUCUGGACCUUUGAUGCGUAUUAUGACAUGACCGAGUUAAUUGACGUCUGUGGGGGGUCUGUGACUGCUGACUUCCAGGUGAGAGACUCUGCCCAGUCAUUCCUGACGGUGCACGUACCUCUAUACGUGUCCUAUAUCUACGUGACGGCUCCCCGGGGCUGGGCCUCCUUGGAGCACCACACUGAGAUGGAAUUUUCCUUCUUCUAUGACACAGUUCUUUGGAGAACAGGAAUCCAGACAGAUAGUGUGCUCUCAGCAAGACUUCAGAUAAUUAGAAUCUACAUUCGAGAAGAUGGCCGGCUUGUCAUUGAAUUCAAGACCCAUGCCAAAUUCAGAGGACAAUUUGUGAUGGAUCACCACACCCUCCCUGAUGUGAAGUCUUUCAUAUUGACUCCAGACCAUCUAGGAGGAAUUGAAUUUGACCUGCAGCUGCUAUGGAGUGCUCAGACUUUUGAUUCACCUUAUCAACUCUGGAGAGCCACCAGCUCUUAUAACAGGAAGGACUACUCAGGGGAGUACACCAUCUACCUCAUCCCUUGCACUGUUCAACCCACACAACCGUGGGUUGACCCAGGAGAGAAGCCUUUGGCCUGCACAGCACAUGCACCAGAAAGAUUCCUCAUCCCCAUUGCAUUCCAGCAGACCAACCGCCCAGUACCUGUUGUAUAUUCACUCAACACUGAAUUUCAGCUCUGCAAUAAUGAGAAAGUGUUCCUAAUGGAUCCCAAUACGUCUGAUAUGUCCCUGGCAGAAAUGGACUACAAAGGUGCCUUCUCAAAAGGUCAAAUCCUUUAUGGUCGAGUACUUUGGAAUCCAGAACAAAACCUCAAUUCUGCUUACAAACUCCAGCUGGAAAAAGUCUAUCUUUGUACUGGCAAGGAUGGCUAUGUGCCUUUCUUUGAUCCCACGGGCACAAUCUACAAUGAAGGGCCACAGUAUGGGUGCAUUCAGCCAAACAAACACCUAAAGCACCGAUUCCUGCUGCUGGACCGCAGUCAGCCGGAGGUCACUGACAAGUACUUCCACGAUGUGCCCUUUGAGGCCCACUUUGCUUCUGAGUUGCCUGAUUUCCACAUGGUCAGUAGCAUGCCAGGUGUGGAUGGAUUUACCCUGAAAGUCGAUGCACUCUAUAAGGUAGAAGCAGGACACCAGUGGUACCUGCAGGUCAUCUACAUUAUCGGCCCUGACACCAUCUCAGGGCCCCGGGUCCAGCGCUCGCUCACCGCCCCUCUGAGGCGAAACCGAAGGGACCUGGUAGACCCCAGCGGCCAGCUGACACUUGACGAUUCCCUCAUUUAUGACAAUGAAGGGGACCAGGUCAAGAAUGGCACCAACAUGAAGUCCCUGAAUCUGGACAUGCAGGAGCCGGUUGUCGCCGCUUCUCUGUCCCAGACAGGGGCGUCCAUCGGCAGUGCCCUUGCUGCUAUCAUGCUUCUGCUUCUGCUGUUUCUCGUGGCCUGUUUCAUCACCAGGAAGUGCCAGACACAGAGAAAUAAAACGCCCACCGAGGACAUUUUGGAGGAAUACCCGCUGAACACCAAAGUGGAAGUGCCCAAGAGGAGCCCCGACCGGGUGGAAAAGAACGUGAACAGACAGUACUGCACGGUGCGGAACGUCAACAUCCUGAGCGAGCCCGAGGGUGCCUACGCCUUCAGAGGUGCCAAGGUCAAAAAGUUGAAUCUGGAGGUCAGAGUCCACAACAAUUUACAGGACGGAACAGAAGUUUAAUGGAGGAGACCCACGCGUAUUUUUUUCUAAAAUCAUUUUUAUAAAACGGGGAGAUACUGGUAUUUUUAUAAUCUUGCAGAUUAAAAAGGGAAAACUAUAGCUUUGAGUGGCAGAAAGCACACAUCACAUGCAUCAACUCACAACUGAGCUACCUCAUUAAG